UUGACGACUCCGGGCCCUGUCAGCUCAGUUCCUCCCAUCAUCUCUGACAGAUAGAUAGCAGGAAAAGAAAGUAUCAGCAACUUCCCUCAGCUACCACUCAAGAUACACACACGCGUACACACACUGGGGACGAGACAAAAUGAUCCCGCAGCCGCUGGCAUGGACACUGUUGACAGUAUCGCUGUGGACAGCAGGUUCGAGCCAGAUCCCGCUUCAAGAACCCAUCAAAGUUCAUUACCCUGCUAUCGCCAGUCAUGAGACUAUUGAGUGUGACUGCGUUAACAUCUCUUGUGACUCUGUCUACUGGUUCCGCAGUUCUCCCCAAGUACAGUUCCUUGGAAAAUGCAACAACGCUGACCGUGUUAACUAUGGGCCUAAUGUGGAAGAGACAAAGUUUAAAUUCAGCAAGAGAGGUAGCAUGUUUGUGCUACGCAUCAUGAAUGUGAAGACGGAGGACGCAGGGACUUAUUCCUGUGUCCUAAAAGACAGGAACGGUAAAGAGAUAUGGAAGCCUGGGAGUCUUCUCCGACCAGGAGCGACCCCUCCAACAUCACCUCCUAAGACAAAACCCAAACCACCAGUCAAGUCAGUCUGUCACUGCAAUAAGAAGAAUCCUUCACAGGGUGUCUGCAGGUCCAUGGUUCUGUGGCCGUUGGUUGGACUUACUGUGGGCCUGGCUCUAGCCCUCAUCUGCACACUGUACUACUUCAACCGGCUACCCAAAAAAUGUCGCCACCACUUCGCCAAGAGACAGAUGCCCAGAUAAAGAUAAAGCACUGCAUCUACAGCUUAUGUGUGACUCAGAUGGCUGAAAUGCUUCACUCGAGCCGACGUCCGUUGGAGCAUGAAGGACAUGAUUCACCCCAAAGAUCUAAUCUGCCAACAGCAACAUGUCACCUGUAGUUACAGUGAAGUGUGCGCUUGGCCAGAGAAGAGUUUUUAAAUCUUCAACAGCAGCAGCCAUGUAACAUAUUGUAAUAUAUUGACUCAUUUUAGUUACAUAUUUUACAAGACAGAAGUCCAAGCUUUGAAUACCCCCUGUGCUAUAAUCUUUCGUCUAUAAUCAAUAAUCUAUCAAUAUGCAGAUUACUUUUAUCAAGGCGUAUUUUCAUACAGGACAAAACACAGCAGUACUUUUCCCUCAAAGCCCAUAUUGUGAUACAGAUGUACCGUGUACCUUCACACAGAAACCAAAUGUGUUUAUUUACAUAAGGGAAGCAGGUCGACCACAAAGCAGCUGAAUAGAAAUGUUAUAUUUGCUCAGUUGCUUUUUGCUCCCUGGUAUUUAUUUGUGUUUUGUUUUUCAAUGUAUUUUUAAAUGUUGAAAGAAAACAGGACUGUCAAGUUGAUUUUUCCUGGAGCAUAAAUCUGAGGAAUCAAUAAAAUGGUAUAUUUACAAUCAUUUACAAAGGGGGCUCUUUUCUUUUUUAUAGAAAAGUUAUUGUGUUAUGUUAUGUUUGUUUAUUAAACACAUCUGGAAGCAUUUCUUUCUUUUUUACAACGAUUCACUGUCUCCUGUUCAAACGGAUGAAUCAAAGGCAGAUUAAUGACAUUUUGGGGUCUGGUGCCUUGCUGAAGGGCACUAUUGCAACAGCAGGAAUAAUAACGGUGUAACCUAGAGGUCAAACGCUGCGUUUGUCUCCACGACAGCUAUGACUUCUGCAUAGAUAACAACUUGAACUAAGAAAGUCCUAAGUUUGAAAGUAUUUGUAGUGUUGUGUCGUACAUCUGAAAGAGUGUGUGUGGAAGAGAAGAGAAAGAAGAGGUUUGGAAGUGGGUGUUGUACUUCCAUUGUCAAUAUUGUGUUUGGCGGAAGUUGAGUAGGUGAGUUACAGGGUUUUGUUUCUUCCUUUACUUUUGAUGUGUAAACUUGCAUCACAUUCAGUUUCUGUUGAGCUGCCUCCAGUGUGUGGCAACGAGCUGUAUUGUUACAACCUUAAAUUACAAAAUCAUUUUAUAGCAAGGUGUGUAUGUCUUGCAGCCUCUCUCUCUGUCUCUCUUUCACACACACACACACACACACACACACACAUACACACACACAAGCAAUACACAUGCACACCUGUGCGAUUGGCAAGUGUAAAAAAGCAACUGAGGGUCUCAGUGAGUGUGCGCUACCCUUUCCUGUGUGCUGGAGAAAGAGGAGAGCGAAGCGUCUUCACUGAGAUGCUAUCGCUUCGCUCAGCUUUGAGCUCUUCAUCUAGUCUGAAACAAAAAGACCGCAAAAAUACCACAGACUGAACCACAAGCACUGACAGAGAGAGAAAGACAAAAGAAGCGUGACAGCUCUGAGCUGAGAAUACUAUAAGAAAAAAUACAACAAAAAACUUUUAUAAAAACUGGAAGACAACUUGUUGCAGUGUGUUUUAUUGGAUGAAAUAAAAAAUGAUACAAUACAACAAUACAACAAGAGUAUAUCUUUAUUAACAAUGCAUAUGUGUGUCUCUGUGUGUGUGUGUUGGUGAGGAAGGGGUGUUUUAUUUAAUAAUUCAUAAAUCAAAUUGUAUUAUGGUAAAUCAUAAGGACAGUGAAGGAACAUGCUUGAUGCAUUCCUGUAAAUACACUGCCUACAUUAACAAAAUCCAACAUGCUGUAUCAACAGACUUGAACAUUGUCUCUGCACCACAGAUGCAAUCAAAGCAAGGUGGACCAAGAUUACAUUCAGUUGCCAAUUUGAUAAGAACAGCUCAAUGUGUGGUCAAGAUUAUUCAAACAUUAAAGCUAUACAGUUCAACGGCAGCACCAAAGCCCCUUGGUAAUGACGAAAGAGAUGGUAAAGUUGACUCAGCACCUCUCUGAAACAGUUUGAAGAUUACUGAACAUUAUAACUUUUACAAAUGUUGAACUGUUGUGUUAAACGGCUUUAGUUUUAGCUAGAUGUACAUAAUGAACUAAAUGAAUGAAAUGAAAUAAACUGGUAUCUGCAUGUGCAGUACAUUAUUGUGAUUCUUUCUAGAUGUUUCAGGAAAUAAUGUUAUCACAUUUAUCAGUUCCAGGAAACAUGACUGAAUGCAGAUCGCAGCAGAUUUGUAGGUCAUCUAAUGCAGAGGGUUUGUUUCUGCUGUUUCUAAUGACAAAUAGAUACGUGUGUAUUUAAAACAAAAGAUGAAAAAUGAAAUACAUGUGAAGAUGAUAAACUAUACACAAUAUAUUUUGUAAAUCAUUUGUGUGUGUUGUAUCCUGCACCUUCUUUUCAUAAUUACAUAUAGCAAGCUGCUGUGUGCAAUUUGUAUUGUCACUACCUAAGCAAGUAUAAAUAUAGUGAUAUUAAAUUAUCUGUUAAAACUAUGAAGCUUUCAAGAGAAACACUAAUGUAUGUUAUGUUACUGUUUAAAAGUUUCACAAUGUAAUUAAUACAGCCUCCACUAAUUAGGUUCUUGUUAAAAAAUGUAUAAUGUAACUUUAACUUCUGUCUGAAUUUCAUCUGAAAUAAUCAAACAAAAACAAACAAAGACUAUGUGGCAGAUGUUAAACUGAAGCAUGUAACUACAUUAUAUAUUACAUAUGCCUUUCUAAAAAGAGUAAUUAUGUAAAUUCACAUGAAGGCAUUUAUUUACAUGUGAAGUGUUGGACUUCACAUGUAAAACUAAUUUGACUGUUUCUGCAUGAGACGGUGUGUACGUGUUCCUGAGUGAGUAAUACAUAUUAAAAUGCAGCACAGCGUGCCGUAUAUCAGAGAUCAGUGAAACACAGCCAUUUUACAUGUAAGGCCAAAUAUUCAACAACCAUUAAUAUUAAGACAACUGUGAAUGGUAAGAUUUCUCAUUUCAAACAUGUGAAUGUGAGGUGCUGAAGUUGUAUCAUACAGGUACCAUGCAGACGACAUAUAGUGCAAUAUGUCGGCUCACGCGCCACAGGAUCAACAGAUCGAGUCGUGUAUAUUUCUACAGGUCAAAUUUGUCACACAUGAUCUAUUUUAACCAUCAAAGUCUCAAACCAAACAAA